AAUCCAUCGCAUAACGUUCUGAAAUUCAUCACGUAGAGCUCUCAACGACAGCUCCAUUCGUUCAUCUGCAUCCAUCACCGUAGCUCUCAACGACAAACGUGCGUUUCUUCUGCAGUCGUGCACAUCUUCUUUUCCGUUUGCAAUUUGUUUCAUUCGAGUGGUGCCGGUGAAAGCUGCAACGUGAUUGAGUUAAGGAAGAGCUGAAGAUACCAGUUGAUCUUCAAUCGUACAAGCUGGAUCCACAUUUCACCAACGAGCAAAGAGUUAUGUUGUGAACGCGGACUCUGGAGAAUCAUUUGAAUUUGCUAAACCUCAACAUUUUCCAAAACCCUUUCGGGGCUCUAUCAAAUAUUACUUGGAUGCAUUUACCAGGUUUUUCAAUCCAUACGUACUCAUUGGCACAGGCAAUAAGCAUAACUUCUAUGUCUCCUUGCAGUAGACAAGUUAUCAGAUAUUUCUCAAUAUUUCAUUGGCUUGUUCCAGAUAAACAAACCAUAUCGCCCAUUGGCAUCAGGGGAGUAUUCUUUUGGAGCUGGUGUCAUUCUCACUGCAUCAUGUUUGAUUCUGAGUUUUGGAAGUGGAUGGAUUGUAGGUUCACCUCCAUUGUUGUGGGCUCUUUCCAUCCAUUUUUUGCUGGGGACUGCUUAUUCAAUCGGUUUUUGUAUAACAGGGACUGAGAACAAAGUCAAGAAGAGAGUUGGUGAUGGCAUGGUUGAAUGAACUUUGUUAGAUUUAACCAAAGAAUUUUGGAAGCGCGUCACGGCUGAGAAUGCUGAUUACUUCCUUUGCCUUUUGCAGAGGGCUGAUAAAGUCAAACGCAACACUUGCCAGAAUUCUUUGAGAUUUCUUUUAUUUAUGAUAUGUUUUGGUUUGUUUCUUCCCAAUUGCGAUUUUUUAUGCUUAAAUCAUCGGUGUAGAUUCAGCUUAUAAGACAUCCUUUUGUAUAGCUUAACUAACAUGACUUGGUGAAAAGUAAAAUGACGGGUUCGAAAACUUUGUUGAUUGUAAGGUUUUUCGAUUUUCUGUUGAACUUGUAUUAUUUUAAGUGUUGUUUAUGAAAUUUUAUAUAUGUGACUUUUGAAUACUUCGCUUAUCUAAUUAUGCAUAUUUCUUCAUAAUUUCAUUAGUUC